UGAGUUUAUUGAUGCUGCACAUGACAAAGUAAUAAAUGAAAAGUUGAAUGAAGCAGUAGCUGAAAACUAUCAAGAUGCACGUUACGAAGUAAUAAAUGAAGUGUUAAACGAAUCACUAUCACUAAAUGAAGUAGAAGUUGAAAACUAUCAAGAUGACACAAGACAAUCUUUUCAUACCUGGGAUGAUGUUGAAAAUUUUCUAAAGGAUUAUGGAUUAGAAAAGGGUUUUAGUAUCCGCAAAAAACGUAUAGAAACACAAACAGAAAAUGAUACUCAAAUCUUAUGUAAAGUUA